UUCACGAUAUGACGUUAUGCAUCUUGCACUUUUGUAAAAACAGAUGUUAUUGUUUUGCUGUCAUUUCAGAGCGGUGGGGUCCAGACCUGGUAUCUAUGAAUUGAGUGGUCAAUAAUGUAUUGUGUAAUAAUGAUCACUGUCCCAACUAAUGUUCUGUCUCCACAGAAAGAGGACAUCAAAUUGAUCCUGGAGGACUCCAGAAGGAAAGAAAUAGCUUCACAACUGUCUGCCCUCAGGGAAACAAAACAACAAGCAGGUUCGGCCAGCCAGCCCCGCGCCCCAAAGAAGCACCAAAAAGACUUUGAGUACCUGAUAGCGAUGUUCGAAAAACGUAACCUCAAGAGGGAUAAACUCCAACUUAGGAGGACUGGGAAACGCUUCAGGCGUUUUGUACGACACAUGUGGGGUGUGGGGAGCGCCCCGCCAUCACACCUCGUGUUUCUAUCGAAGACAGGUUGCUGAAACAGGAGCUCUCCACCCUCCCACAGCAGCCCGGGACACACCACCUGGCUUCAGGUUCAGGUUCAAUCAAAUGAGUUUGCCGGCGGAGCGUCAACCACACCGGCCUCGGAGGAUAGCGCAGACGACAACUCGGACAACAGCGUGUCGUGGACGCCGGAGGGUGAUGACCAGUCAGACUACAGCGCGUCUGAACCGUCCGAUACCGAUGACCAGUCCGGCGUUGCCAUGGAUUCAACAGAGACUGGUUCACCUGCACCGCCACGGACACUUGAGCCACAGUUGCUGGUCUAUGAAGACACACCAUGCAGUACCUUACAGGAGAUGAACAGCAGCGAGUCGGAGGAAGAUGACCAAAAAGCCGUAAAGCGUCCCCUUAAGAUGUCGCUGAGGCCAAGGAGGCUAUAUCAGUACCAUGGCGCCGGCAACCCCCAAUUAACACCAUCACCACAUGGGUCCCAGCAAAUGACAACGCAGCCAAUGACAACGCAGCCGCAGCCACCACCACCACUGGAGGACUCGCCGCCGCCACCAAGUGGGGGAGAUUUAAGCAAGGUGGAGGACACGGAAAAGACUGACCCGCCAGACGAGUUGGACAGCAGCAGCGAGUCCGAAGAAGGGUUGACAGCUGAGGAUGCAGAACAACUGCUGCAGACUUCUCUGAAAAAGCAGCGGGGGGUAAGCCACAGCACUUUGGUCUGCAGUUAUUUGGAUUGUUACACCCACUAACGAUUACACUUGCAAAUGCAGAUUUACUGUCAAACAUUUCACACAGCCUCUAUCAGACUUUGUGUAAAUGAAUUAACAUUGCACACUGUCAAACAUUGGUUUGGCCAAAGUCCUUUUAGGCAAGUCAUGCCACUCGGCCGCCAUCUUGGCAACGCCUCCGGCCAGCUAUUUCGGACUCCUAUCUAAAUGAAUGGGCAGAGAGUCAAAACUGCACUUUUACUGGUCAUCGGGACAUAAAAACUACAUGUAUAGAAACAGCAGUAGAAUGAUAAAAAUCGCUGGAAAAGUUUGAUGACUUUGCCUCAAAAUAACGCUUUUUUCCCCACAGGUUAUACUGUUAAUACGCAUGCGCAAGGGUUCACGACACCAACUUCAUUUACGUCUCUAUCCAGAAUGCCGGUGUUGUGCUUUAACUACCAUGGUAGUCCGGUGCCUUGGCGUUGUUAUCGUCCUCUUCCAUCUGAUCUUGCACACACCCGCCUUCACACUGGCAGUUGAAAUCAGCUCCGUAAUACGCCCCCAGCGGACCUCGUACUACACCGUUGAAGAGCUUCGGAAGCGAUUUACAAAAAUGGCAGAACAACUAGAAGGACUGAUAAGUGUCUGAAUGUCCGAUUCUCUCGGACCUCUCUUAUACAGAUAUAAAUAGAAAGGCUGCUGCGUGGAGUAAAGUUGCCCAGGAUGUUGACAUGUCAUUUUUUUUCGCACUGCACUCGUUCGGACCCGGUUUGGACCCAUUUGCAUGCGCUCUGCGAAUCUCCAGAGGAAAUGAAUGACUUCCGGCCGUAUCGGAGCUGAUUUCAACUGCCAGUGUGAAGGCGGCG